AUGAAACUGCGUGACUACCCAACGGACCCUAUCAAAACCCUCAUUGACUCUGGCGCCACCUCCAACUUUAUUUCUCCCUCAUUAGUAGAACAACUUAAAAUUCCAAAAACCCUACUCGAAAAUCCACGAGUAGUGAGGAUGUUAGAUGGUACGAUUUCCCAGACUGGUUGCAUUUGGCACCAGGUCCAACUCACGGUUUCGGCCAAUGGCCACACACAUUCCAUUCCUUUCCUCGUUUGCCCCAUUGGGAACACCCCGGCUAUCUUAGGCAUGACUUGGCUAACGGCAGAAGCUCCCCUCAUUGACUGGCAACAGGGAUCAAUCACGUUCCCGGAACAGGUGCAGAUUGCCUCUGAGGAGGAAGCAGACUCAAACCCCCUAGCGGAUCUUCCGGAACAAUACCAUGAAUUUGCCAAGGUCUUUGGCAAAGAAGAAUUCAAGGUACUUCCCCCACAUAGGGAAUAUGACAUUGCCAUAGAUCUUGUCCCGGAUGCUAAACUAUCUCCCGGCCCCAUAUACGGUAUGACAGAUGCGGAGUCUAAAGCGCUGAAGCAGCAUAUUGAUGAGGAACUGGCCACGGGCAAAAUCCGCCCUAGUACCUCCUCUGCCGGCGCUCCAGUGAUGUUUGUCAAAAAGGCCGAUGGAUCCCUUAGAUUAGUUGUUGACUACCGAAAGCUAAAUGACGUAACCCAUAAAAACGUAUACCCCUUACCAAGGCAGGACAACCUCAUGGCCAAACUCAGGCAUGCCAAGAUCUUUACCAAGCUAGACCUUCGGUGGGGUUAUAACAACGUCAGGAUUAAGGAGGGAGAUGAGUGGAAGACGGCCUUCAGAACCAAAUAUGGCCUAUUCGAGUACUUAGUUAUGCCAUUUGGACUUACCAACGCUCCUGCCGCAUUCCAACACUUCAUGAAUGACCUGUUCCGAGACCUCAUUGACAUUACAGUGGUUAUUUAUUUGGACGACAUCUUGAUUUUCUCAGAGAACCCCAAGGACCACCCAACUCACGUCAGGGAGGUCUUAUCACGCCUGAUGAAGAAUCAAUUAUUCUGUAAACUCUCCAAGUGCCACUUCCAUGUCACCACAGUGGAUUAUCUGGGUAUCGUCAUCUCCCCAUCAGGUUUUUCCAUGGAUCAAAAGAAGAUUGAUGCGGUCACGUCAUGGCCUACCCCUAAGACAGUUAAACAGUUCAGUAGCACGCCCCCUGCACAACCUUACCAAAAAGGAAACCCCCUGGUCGUGGGAAACCUUGAGGAAGAAGCGUUCCAAGAGCUGAAAUCCCUUGUCACCCGGUCACCUGUCCUUAUUCACUCCAACCCAGAUCUGCCCUACUACCUGGAAACCGAUGCAUCAGGAGUGGCUAUGGGGGCAAUCCUUAGUCAAAGAGGAGAAGAUAACCGCUUACACCCAGUAGCUUACAUGUCUAAGUCAUUCUCAGGAGCAGAAGCCAACUACGACACUCAUGAUAAAGAGCUCCUGGCAAUAAUCAAGGCAUUGGAAGAAUGGCGGAUAUUUCUAGAAGCAACGGACAAACCCAUUCAGGUUUUCACGGAUCAUAGAAACCUGGAGUACUGGAUGCAGGCAAGAACAUUCAACCGGCGGCACGCCAGAUGGCGCGUAUUCCUGAGCGACUUUAAUUUUGAAAUCCAUUAUCGCCCAGGAAAACAGUCAGGGAAACCGGACGCCCUGUCCAGACGGUCUGAUUACGUGGACACCCCCCAGGAACCAGAAGUAAUGCUACCAGCAGAGGUCUUUGCAAACACGUCAGAAGAGGAACUAGAAAUUGUCACAGAAAUUCGUUCCAAAUUGAAAGAAGAUCCCUCAAUCGAGCCAAUCAUCCAAUUCCUAACGGAAGAUGCGGAUAAUGCACCUCCGUCCAUCCGAAAGGCCUACAGGGACUACAAUUGGGAAGAAGAUUUGCUAUGGUACCGCGGAAAACUGGUAGUUCCGGACUCAGAACCUCUGAAAGAGCGACUAUUGAGGGAAUUCCAUGACUCCCCCCUGGCAGGUCACCCAGGCCAACAAAGGACGCUCAAACUCAUCAGCAGGAACUACUGGUGGCCUGGAAUGAAGUCUUCUGCAAAAGAAUGGGUUGAAUGCUGUCCAGUUUUGAUUGCCCUAAAACCCUUGGAAGUCCCCCCUUACCCAUUCCAUACCAUAUCGUACGACUUCAUCACCGGGUUUCCCAAGUCCCAGGGCCACGAUGCUAUCCUUGUGGUUAUCGACUCAUUCUCCAAGUUUGGUCACUUCAUUCCCACGUCCAAGAAGGUCACGUCCAAGGGAUUGGCGGAUUUAUUUGUAAAGCACGUCUGGAAACUCCAUGGUUUGCCAAUCAGAACCGUCUCGGACCGAGGAACCACGUUCACCGGCAAGUUUCUCAGGGCACUCUAUCAAAGGCUGGGGAUCAAACCAUCCUUUUCCUCCGCUUACCACCCAGAAUCCGACGGGCAGACGGAAAGGGUCAACCAGUUCAUCGAGUUCUACCUGAGGUCAUACGUAGCAGCCGACCAUUCAGACUGGGCCACCUGGCUCCCUUUGGCAGAAUACGCGUAUAACAAUGCCAAACACGCGUCUACAGGAAAGACCCCCUUUGAACUAGUCUAUGGAAGGAAUCCAGUAAUGAAUCCCUCCAAUGUCCCAGCCAACGUACCAGAGGCAGAUGAGGUAGCAAACACACUAGCCCGCGAAUGGAAAGAAGCCGAAUCAGCCCUCAGGUUAAGCAAGGAACAAAUGAUCAGAAACCAGGGAACAAUACCGGAGUAUCUUGUAGGGGAAAAAGUCUGGCUUGAUGGGAAGAACGUGGAACUCAGGACCAAUUCCAACAAGUUAGAUCCCAAGCGACUGGGACCAUUUGAGAUCACGGAAAAAGUCUCCAGCCACGCCUAUCGAUUAAAACUCCCAGAUACGCUGAAAAUCCAUGAUGUGUUCUACGUAGGGUUGCUUUCCAAAAGUCAUGAAUCCCCAAGUCAACCAUUUCCAGAACAACCCCCUCCUGAAACAAUAGAAGGGGAAGAAGAAUACGAAGUGGAACAGAUCAUUGAUUCCAAACGGCAACAAGGGAAAUGGUUCUACCUAGUCAAAUGGAAGGGUUAUGGUCCGGAAGACAAUUCCUGGGAACCUGAGGAGCUCUUGGAGAACAGUCAAGAGGAGAUCCAACGCUUCAACAAGUCGCGACUAAAAAAGGCUCGUGACUCCGCCAAGAGCCUUUAA